ACUUCCUCAUUUCUAUAAUAUUGGGUUAGUGGUAUCCACACAAUGUUUACCCAAAAAUCAAAACCAGUUUGUUGCAGAGUAGCCCACUGUGUUAAAGAGCGAAUUAACUUGAGCGUGUUCAUUGUUCACUUUGAGAGCGGCUCUCUUAGCAGCCUAAGCUGCUGUUGCCAAAACGCGUCUCAGCUGUUGGUGCGCUUUUGGCUUUUAGCUUUGUUGUAUUUUGGCCAAAAGUGAACAUUUUGCACACUCGAAUGCUGAGUUGCUUUUGGCUGUUUGAAGCCUAAACAACACGAUCGCAGUUCGCAAUUGGCCAAGCUAUACACAAUAAGAAAGAAACUAUGUGAAAAUGUGUUGAGAUACUCGAAAUAUUAAAAAUAUUCGCGACAUUUAACAUUUGAAAAGCAACAACAAAGUGGUAAAUCAAUUUCCAUUGAAAUUGAUGUAAAGUGCUCGUUAAACUUGGCUUGACCUGCUUUUUGUUACGUUUAAUUAAACAAGAAAUGGAAUUGCCAGUGUUGAGUGUGUUAGUGUUAUUGCUGCUGCCACUUCUAAGCAGUGUUUAUAUUGUGGCAAGUGAUGCAACAGCAGCGACGACGCGUCGCCCAAAAAAUGCAACAGUCUCAGCAGACAUUGGCCAAAAUAGCAGCCAAAGUCGUCAGCAUAUCAGUUCCAGUUCCCGUGGCCAAAGAUCUCGCGGUGUUGCACAAUACAGGCUGCCGCUGCCGCUUGAUGAGGCAGAAAUUGCGCUGCCCGCCAGCAAUAGCAACAAAAAUAACAACAAUCGAGUGCAGACCAUGCGCAGGCGUAAUCAAGUUGUUAUGCGACGCAGGCCACUUACCAACACUACCACAACUACAACAACAACAACCACGACUACAACAACCACAACGACAACAACGCCGCGUCCCAGUUUGGCCAAUGGCUUCAAUUUCUUCAAUCCGAACUUCUGGAGUUUUGGCCAGCAAAGUCUUGUACCCGUUAGUGCGCCCACAAAGCAGCCGCAUCCACAUCCGCCCAAGAAGUUCACGCACUCGCCUUCGAGCAGCUCCAAGGAGGAGAAGCUUGGCUAUCGCAAGCAACAGAAGACUACAGUGAAGCCCAGGCGGAGUACAACAACAUCAACGACCACGACGAUACCAACUCCAACACGAUCCACGGAGGGACCAUUCCGCAUUGCAUUGCCCACGAUCACUUUUCCCAGUGCCAGUGGCAAGGAUAAAGAGAAGGAUAAACGAGCUGCCGCCGAUCUACGACAGCGUUUCAAUUGCCCCCGGGAGAACGAAGUACGUUUCCAGUUGUUCCCCAAGAUCUGCAAGACGGAUAAGGAUUGUGUAGUCUGGCAGCGAGACGAGAUCUGCUGCGACAUCUUUGGCGCCAACAGCUGCGUGGCUGGUAUUGCUAAACCGCUAGAGGAGACGGCACACGCACCCAUUCUCGGUUUAAUACCUCGCAAGUGCCCGACACGUCCGCUGGCCGAGCUCUGGUGGGAUGUGCAGGAAUGCCGCACAGACAUGGAUUGCUGGCCUCGCGUCUGUUGCCCCGAUGGACGGCGGCGAUACUGUCGCACCUCGCAGCCAGAGUUGGAAACAGUUCCAGUGCCAGUCAAGCGCUCCUUUGAUUAUCUGUCGGAGUACUUGGAGUGCACGGCGCCGCCGCCGCCCAUAUUUGAUCUGCAUCCAAAGGCCUGCACAUCCACGCUGGACUGCUUUCCCAAUGUGUGCUGUCAGGAGGCGGGAUUGCGGCAUUGUCGACCACCUAAGAAAUCGGUGCUCACACUGAUGGCCAAUUUCCUCAACGUUGACUUUGUAAAGCGUCUGACACAAAAUAUUGUUAUCAAGUAAACAAACAAACAACACCCACUUUAUAUUUAUAAAGCAAGCAAUCGUUUACACGAUGAGCUAUUGCGAUUUACCUAUGCUUGCCCCAAUUUGUGCAUAUUGCGUGACAUCAGCUGCAUAUAUUUAUUACAUUAAAAAAUAACAAUUCACAAUUUGAAAACGAGUUCCCACUAUUUUCACCCCCAAAUUAGGGUUGCCACUUGACAAGCAUAAUUGAUAUCAAUCUAAGGUUAUCGACCUUCGAUGAAAUGCUAUCGAGAAUUCUAACUUUUAAAAUUAAAUUUUUAAAUUAAUACCUAACGCUAAUUGAAAGUUUGGUGCAAAAUUGUAAUUGCGCAUGUAAACGAAGAAAAACUUUUAGUAUUGAGAAUGCUUGUAUGUGUACUUUUUUACACAAUUUCAACAUUACCUGCAUUAGAUGUAUAUAUCUUGCUCACUCGCACACCCACAAUUAUUGUUGUUCUUCCACUGAUAGCCGUUAUAUGUAUUUAUGUACAUAAGUAUGUAUGUAUGUAGAUACGGUUGCACACCAGUAGUGAGACCUACUUACACUUACUUUUAGUCUUAGAUAAUAAAAGCGAUUUGUUAAA